AUGGAGCCGUUUGGCGGCAUCUCCCCUGGCGGGAGCAUUGCUCUAGGAAUUAUUGUCGGCCUCAUGUCGACGAGUGUGCAGAGCCUGGGGCUGACGUUGCAGCGCAAGUCGCACAUCCUCGAGGACGAAAAGGGCCCGCACGACGUCCGCCGCCCGCCUUACCGCCGCCGCCGUUGGCAGGUCGGCAUGGGCAUGUUCAUCGUCGCCAACAUCCUCGGCAGCUCGGUGCAGAUCUCGACGCUCCCGCUGCCGGUCCUCUCGACGCUGCAGGCCGCCGGCCUCGUCUUCAACUCAAUCUGCGCGACCCUAAUUCUCAGCGAGCCCUUUACGCGCUGGUCGCUUGCCGGCACCUCGCUAGUCACCACCGGCGCCAUCCUUAUUGCCGUGUUUGGCGCUAUACCAUCGCCAGCCCAUAACCUAGACGAGCUUCUGGUGCUCCUGGCGCGCAAGCCCUUUAUCGUGUGGAUGAUCCUGCAGGCGCUGUUUGUGGUGGUGCUCGCCGUGGCUACCGAUGUGACGCAUAGAAUAUCCAGCAUCUCGCACAGCUCCCGUUUCCGGCUCAUCCAGGGCAUCUCGUAUGGUGUCAUAAGCGGCGACCUGUCAGCGCACGCGUUGCUUUUUGCCAAGUCGGCCGUCGAGCUGGUCAUCAAGACUGUCGCUGGCAAGAACCAGUUCGUGUUCUGGCAAGCCUGGGCCAUUGUUCUGGCGCUCGUCACGCUGGCUCUGUGUCAGCUUUAUUACCUACACCGGGGCCUCAAGCUUGUCUCAACCUCGGUCCUAUAUCCCCUCGUGUUUUGCGUUUAUAACAUAAUCGCCAUCUUGGACGGCCUAAUAUACUUUAACCAGACAGGCUUUAUAUCACCGCUGCGGGCUUGUAUCAUCAGCCUGGGUACGGUGAUUCUUCUGAGCGGUGUUCUUGCCCUCUCAUGGCGUCUCAGCGACGAGCAGCAUGCCCCUGGAGUGGGCCAGUCUACACUGGCACCCGGUCUUGGCAUGGUAGAAGAUACGGAAGGUGAAGAGGAAUCGCUUCUCAGCGGAGAGGCGACUGCUGAAUCUGAAGAGACGUUCCCAUCCUAUAAUACUUUUGGCGCUGGCGAAUCGACGGCCAUGACGCCUACCAAGAAGACGUUCCGGUGGGCAGAGGACGCCGAGAUCUGGGGCGAGCUAGAAGACCAAGAGCACCCCAAGUCGCCGGCAGGGCGUCUGCGGGCAGACACCAUGCCGGGUCUUAACGAGUCUACAGGUCUCCUGCACGGUGUUCGCAGAGCCGCGAGCGGCGGCACGACGACGAUGCCGGAAGAAGGCAGCACACACUCGGACCCAGCAACGCGACGGCCAGCGCGGCGGCGGCGCAAGAGCACUGGAUUUCCCGGGCUCGUCGCACGUCGGAACCUCAAGAAGCAGGAUUCCUUCCUCGGCGAAUCCGUCAGCAGAGUACUGUCACUCCCGUGGUGGAAAACGAGUAACAGGCGGGCCUCCCCUACAAAUAGCGCGCCCCCUGCCGCAGCCGAGGCUAACACGCCCGCGGGACGAAACGAGUCCCCGGUAUGA